GAAUCGUUUAUACAUUCACAUCGCUUUCUCUUCCAGAACGCCAACAACGUACCAAAAUGUUCUUCAAGCUCGCUUUUGUCGCCCUGGUGGCCGUCGUCGCCAUCCAAGCUGCACCGCAAUUGCCCGAAGGCGUACCCGCUAUGCCAGCGGUGCCCGAGAUGCCAGCCACGCCGGAAAUGCCUGGAGCACCGGAAAUGCCAGCCACUCCGGAAAUGCCCGCCGGUGCCCCCGGAACAGAGAACGCCAACCUGCCGAACCGCAUCUCCAACCGAGUGUCGAACCGUGUCAACAGCAACUAGAGCCCGGGGAAGAAGGAAGAAUACGCUCCAAGGCGGGGUGCUCCAGUGAACGGUUCUCAGUCCUAGUCGAAAGGGUGGUUUAAUACCUAUCAUGAAAUAAACAAUCGAUUUUGAAUGCA